AUGGCCCUAAGAAUAAUUGUACCAACAAGGAAAAUAAUCAAUGAUGAUACUAUAAUAGAUCAGUUAAAUGAUGUGAUACCGAGAGGUUUAUUGUUUUUUGAUGAGUCCAUAGUUGGUUAUGUAAUAUGUACUAAAAAAUGUCAAAAAAUUUCGUUAGAUUUAACUAUUGAUUCAAAUGAAAAUCCAAUAAAUGAAAAUAAUAUAAACAUACUACUUGAUAAAGAUGCAAUUGUGUAUGAAAAUGAAGGUACAACGGUAUGGAGAUUUGAAAUCAGUGUUAAUUAUCCUAGGAAAAGAUUAAAUAAUCCACAUUUAUUCCUCACGGCUACGUUGAUUGAUGAAGAAUUGAAAAUUGAACAACAAGAAACAGAAUACGUGUUACCAAAUUUUGAACCAUGUAUGAAAAAAAAAUUAUUAUCUGAAUUGGGUGAUUUCAUCGAAGAACCAGAAACUGAAUCCAUAAUUGAAGAAGAAGUUAAAGAGUCACAGAAAAUUCAAACAACUAUAAACAUACCAGUCACUGUAUCAUUAGUUAUCAAAUUAAAAUCUACAAAACCAGCAGGUAGAAAUAAUAUGCUACUAGCAACUUUAAACACUGAAUGUUCAGAUGAAUUAUUAUCCAUGUUAAAUCAUCAAAAUUAUUAUUUUAAAAUUCUUGAUAUUAACUUAAAUUUCAGAUCUGGUUCAGUUGAAUCUUUGAAUGAUUACAUACCGGCAAAAGUUAAAUAUUCUGACUCAAUUAAUCUCACAUAUAAAUUAAUAAAUCAUGAUAAUGAAAAUCAAACAAAUUUAUCAAAACCAAUACCGAUUAAAUUAUCAUUGAUAGUACAAGAUGAAAAUGAAAAUAAUAUAAGUAAUAUUAUCCAAACUGAAUGGACACCAUAUCUAGAUUUUAGUCUAAUUGCACCACCUAUAAACAAUGCCUUAAAGACAACUUCCAAUUAUUCACAAUUACAAUCUACAAAUAUAAGACAAAAAGCAAUGAUGAAUAGUUUAUAUAAAUUGAAAAGUCCAACUGCUAGUAAUCAAUCAAUAAAAAAGAUAAUAAAACCAUCAAUGAGUUCAUCAGUGACUGUGAACCUCACCACAAAUAACAAUUCAUCAUUAUCGGGAUUGAAAUUAACAUUUAUAGGCAAGUUAGAUAUUAAAUUAGGUGAAGUAACAAGUUGGAAAAUUCAAGCAAUUAAUAAUUCAAUGAAUAGGUUAAAUUUAUCAUUACUAGUACAAAAUCCAAUUAAUUUUAAUCCAGUUUACAGUUCAAAUUAUAACAAUAAUAAUGGUUCUUCAUCAAAUUUAUUACCUAAUCAAACUAAUGAUUUGAUAAUAUAUAAUAAAAAUCAAUUAUAUUCAUUAUAUAAUACUUUAAAAGCUGAUAAUAAUGAUGAAGGUGUACUUAUUUUAAAUAAUGAUAUUAGAAUUGGGCCAUUGGAUCCUCAUAUGGUAUUUGAAACUGAAAUACAACUAAUUGGUGUGAAUAAAGGUAUUUUCAAUUUAGAUGGAAUUAAAAUAUUCGAUAUGCAUAGUCGUGAUGGUUUAGAUUUUGGUAAAUUAAUAGAAGUAUUUGUAGUUUAA